CGGCGGGUUCUGUCCCUGACACAAUGUGCUCGCGCACUCCAUUUGAUGGAUUUUAUGAGGGGUGACGGUGGAACAAGAGGAAACCAUGCCCGGAUCUUCGUAGGAGCAGACCGAGGACCCUUUACUUUUUCAUAGAAUUUUUUUCAUGCUUUUAUCUUAUUUGACCCUGAACGACAAUGCUUUACUUUCAGCUGGUGAUCAUGGCAGGGACUGUCAUGCUGGCAUAUUACUUUGAGUAUACCGAUACUUUCAACGUGCACGUCCAGGGCUUUUUCUGUCAUGAUAAUGCUUAUACGAAGCCCUAUCUUGGACCAGAGGAGUCCAGUGCGAUCCCACCAGCUAUCCUGUACGCGGUGGUGGCAGGAGUCCCAGCACUUGUGAUCACAGUGACAGAGUCAGUGCUGUUCUUGCUGCAGUAUGUCUCUGAGGAUCUAGACAACAGGGAGAAGAUCAUUGUGAUGGGGGACUGUUGUUACCUCAACCCUCUGGUCCGACGGACAUUUCGCUUUCUUGGUGUGUACGCCUUUGGCCUUUUUGUCACUGACAUCUUUGUCAAUGCAGGGCAGGUGGUAACAGGAAAUCUGUCUCCAUACUUCCUGACGGUAUGCAAACCCAACUACACUGCGCUGGGGUGCCAACAAGUGGUGCGCUUCAUCAACCAAAAGGAAGCCUGCACAGGCAAUGAGGAGGAUAUUCUGCAUGCUCGCAAAUCCUUUCCAUCCAAAGAGGCAGCAAUCAGUGUUUAUGCUGCUCUGUAUGUUGCUAUGUACAUCACAUGCUCAGUGAAGGCCAAAGGGACACGGUUGGCCAAGCCAGUGCUCUCUAUGGGGCUCAUUUGUCUGGCCUUCCUAAUGGGGAUUAAUCGUGUGGUGGAGUACCGCAACCACUGGUCUGAUGUCAUCGCUGGCUUCAUCAUCGGAGCAGCCAUUGCUGUUUUUAUGGUGGUGUGUGUGGUGAAAAAUUUCAAAGGAAAGCCCUUACUGGAUGAGAUACCGCCAGAGGAGAGUGUGUCCAGUGGUCCCAUGAUCAGUCAACCGAGAAUGGAACACACCAUGGAGAAGUACAUAGCCUCCCAGAAUCCCAUCACUUAUGCUGAGAUCACAUGACAAUGACAAGACAGCAACCAAAAAGCUGUGGAUAAUGUUGCUGCUCUCUGAAGUGACAUCUUACUUUGAGUGCAGCAUCGAUAUGUGCUAUUUUAACACUUCUAUUUUCAAGUAUCUGAAAAAUUUGUCACAUCACCUUGUUGUCCUCCUUGUUACUCUUUGUUGAAAAUGAUUAUGCUGGGGUUGUAUCCCUAUUUUUAUACAAAUAUAUAACUGUUAGCAUUUUUGUAAUUGAAUAUGCAGGGUACAGAGUGAAUGUGGAAUUGUAACAUGAUGUCAUUGAAAUGUGUUAAACAUAUCCUGAUGUAUUAUUAUAACCAUCCUGAUCUCGUGAAAAUUACGUGACUGUGGCGACAUUUUUGCAAAAUUAUAUUAAAGCAGUUCCCAGGUGAAAUGUCCAAUGUGUGGCACUAAAAGCGCAUUAAAUGUUCUCUCCAUUUAGAUUCGGUUUUUAAAAUUAGUGCAAUUUUGAGUUUUAAAUAAACAAAACCUACCUCCCUACCAUAAACCUAAACCUAACCAAUAGUGUCAUAAAGCAAAUGUGAGGUGAAAACAGGUGAGGUUUUGAGGGUUAAUACUCUGUUGGGUUUUAAAGCAACAAAGUCUACCUUCCUACCCUAAACCUUAAACCUAAACCUAACUGAUAAUGUCAUAAAAGUAAGAGUGACAUGAAAAACGCAAUUGCUGAAGCAACACAUCAUUUUGUGAUGCUUCCAUGACACUUUCGGCUCACGUGUUGACUUAUGUGCUCUCCUGGACUCAUAUCCCAAACCUUUGCAUCAGUUGAGCAAACGUGCAAUUUGAUUGUGCUGAACAUGCUUGUAAAUGCAGUUGGUUAUGUAAUGCAAAUGUUAAAAUGUAUCGUCUUACAAGUCAUGCACUUUAGUAAAUGCUUUGAUGUCAUAAGAUAGCAUUGUAUGAGGAACUUGUGAUUUGUGUAAAAGGGAAUAAAAGCAAUUGUUGUUGUAGCACCUCAAGUGUUUAUUUCCCCAGACUGCCCCAGUAUGUACAAUGAGCCACGUAAAACUCAUUUAGCAAAAAUGUAGGUAUAGUAAUGUGAUUCUAUAAGACCAGUUUGAUUAUAAAAUUGUGUGUGGAUCCUUAGUUGAAUUUUUAUAAUUGACUCUAAAAGAGGCUUUUGCCUGAUAAGAAAUAUCACUUCUCAUACAAGUCUGGUUCUUUAGAGAGAUUCUCUGAUGUUUGGAAUAACUUCUCUUCACAAUUCUUUCUUCCCACCGAAAUGUAUCAUGUUACCAAGUCUCAGCCUAUGACAGCACAUCCACAGUCUGUUCGUUGACUGUCUGAUGCAUACACAAAACUUGAAAGUACUUUCUUGAUCUGGCAAGCGCUAAUCUGACUGGCUGAAUUUAAGCAUCUUCUGGGAGUAAUGGUCAGCAAGGUUUUUUAUCAGUCAAAGUCUUGUUUUCAAGUUACUGGGUUGAUUUAAGCACUUUUUAGGAAGAACUGGAUUUACCAAAGAUUUUGAUUGCCAGUUUAGUGACAUCAAAUCUUAUACCCUCAGUGAGCACUUUAUUAAGAACACUAUGGUACUAAUAAAGUGCCUGGCAUGGUCUUCUGCUGUUGUAGCUCAACCACUUUAAGGUUCGACGUGUUGUGCAUUCUGAGAUGCUAUUCUGCUCACUACAACUUUAUAGAGUGGUUAUCGGAGUUAGCGUAUCCUUUCUGUCAGUUCGAACCUGUCUGGUCAUUCUCUGUUGACCUCUCUCAUCAACAAGGAGUUUCCGUUGCAGAACUGCCACUCACUGGAUGUUUUUUUUUUUUUUUUUUUGGCACCACUCUGAGUAAACUCUAGAGACUGUUGUGCAUGAAAAUCCCAGGACAUCAGCAGUUACAGAAA